AUGGCUCAAGAGUUUAUCGGUUACAAUGUUAUGGUGGAACUCAAAGAUCCACCGGGUGCUAGGCUCAUGGGCCAGGUUGCCAAUGUCUUCGGGCAACAGUUGUUGCUGAACAACGUUACCUUGCUUUGGAACGGCCAGCGCUUUCCCCAGUAUUCUAUUGACGCCUCGCUCAUUGGCGACCUGUCUCUUGAAAGCAACAUUCAAGUGCCUCCACAGCCUCCGCAAGUGCCUCAGCCAAAGGCUCAUACUCGACCCCGAUCAUAUGUACCAUUGAAUGCGCCAUUGGCUCCUAUCCAGAGCACUCCGACUCCACAAGAUUUUACGGACCCGGCCAUCUUAAGUUACACUCCUCUGAAGUCUAACCCGUCCGCUGAAAACAGACCACCCGCUGGUCCUGUCCAUCAGGCUCCUGGGAAAACUUCAUCUUCCUUGACUGAGCCGUUUAGCAGCCUGGAAUUGAAUGCAGGUGGUAACAAUGCUGGAACCCAAGGGGCUUCUAGCAAGAAUCUGGGGCAAGAGCCACCAGUUCGAAAACAAACCCCGAAACGUAACCGACGGGCUCACCAAGAAAACCUUCGCGAUGAAAUGGGACACGCUGCGAAACAUGGUGCUGCGGGGAGCACCAUCCCCAAGAGCAAGGGCUGGCGCCAAACUGCUUUUGUGGAGCCAGCAGGCCCUGAAUUCCAAGAUUCGCCGGAACCCAUGUCUCGAUCUGGACCAAAAUUGCGCAAGAAGAAGUCACGGCGCUACACUGAGGACCCUAGUGGAUGGGCCACUGAGGAUGCGACAGAUAUCCAGGAGCUGGGCGAAUUCGACUUCGCAACCAACCUAUCCAAAUUCGACAAGCGGACUGUAUUUGAACAAAUUCGCAACGACGACACCACUGCGGAUGAGGAGCGCCUAGUCAGCUUCAACCGAAAGAUCAAGCCAGGUACUAAUGGUGGUAAAAACUUGCACUGGACUGAGAAUGUGCUUGACAGUCCCCAGAACAGUGACACCGGUGACACUACUGGCGAAGACUUUGAGGGUGUGAAGGAUGUCAAAAUGACUGGUGAGGCUCUUUCCGCGCGCGAGCGCCCAAGGGUCCAGCCUUCUCGAAAGGACAGUGCCAUACACGCCCCGCCCAUGAUGCCACAGCUCAGCGCUCUUGGUCGCGGCCAGUUGCAUGUGAAUGUCUCUCGUACGACGAGCCCUCGGCCCGGCCGGUCCUCAGUCUCGCCGAUGGUUGCCCCCAAUGUCUCCGGCGCCGGUUCCCUCCGCCUGACGACUACCAAUCGCAGCUGCCCUACCGUGAGCCCUCUGCAGACUCUGGAGAUCGAGCAAAUUUCGGUUGCUGAGUUUGGACUGGCCGAAGAGAUCAUCACUGAGAAUGCAGGACGAGGCAUUGCAGAGGCCGCUGUGGCCCUGGUAUCCAACGACGCAGCUGCCCCAAACAUGGUCAUCAUUACUGGCAACCACCGGACUGGAGCGCGGGCGAUCGCUGCAGCUCGUCAUCUGCGCAACCGUGGUCACCGAGUGACUGUUUGUUUGCUCGGGCUGGAGCAUGAGGCUGAGUUGCUUGAGAGCUGUCGUAAACAGCUUGAUGUUUUCCGAAAGGUCGGUGGACGAGUGCUCAAAUGGGAAGAGCUUUCCUCUCGCAUGGCCACCUCUGACCUUGGUCCCGAUCUCCUCGUCGAUGCUUUGUUCGGCAUGCACCUGUCCUUUGACGAUCUUCGUACCGAUGACCAAAUCGUGGCUUUUGGAAUGAUAUCCUGGAUGAACCGCACCGAUGUGAACGUGCUCUCUGUGGAUGUUCCUUCUGGGCUUCAUGCUUCCACUGGAGAGUUUACUGUCGCCGACGGCGCUCGGCUUUGCGUCAAUGCCACAUCCGUGGUGUGUCUCGGAGCCCCUAAGACUGGAAUUCUGAACGCUCUUCUGUCCGCUGAACGAAUCUCGUGGACAGUCGCAGUGGCUGACAUCGGAAUCCCUCAGAUCGUCUGGCGCAAGUAUGGCACACGUCGUCGUCACGGAAUUGAUUUCGGAAACAAAUGGGUGGUUCCAUUGAAGUACCAACCUCUGAUGGCUUAG